AUGGCGGAAGGAGCUCUUUUCGUCCUUGCCGGGAAAGUCCUUGAAGUAUUGGGUUCCUUAACACUCCAAGAGAUCAAGUUCGCUUGUGGUGUCAAACAUGAGCUUGAAAAUCUGAAGAGCACAGUUUCCACAAUCCAGGCUGUGCUUCUAGACGCAGAAAAGCAGGGUUCUUAUAACAACGAGGUCAAAAAAUGGCUCAACAAGCUUAAAGAUGUCUUCCUCGAUGCAGAUGACUUGCUGUAUGAUUUCUCCAACGAAGCUUUGCAACGCAAAGUGAUGACUGGAAAUAAGAUGACGAAGGAGGUACGCAUUUUCUUUUCAAGUUCAAACCAACUUGCUUUUAGUCUUAAGAUGGGUCAUAGAAUAAAGAUAAUUAGGAAGAGACUAAAUGCCAUUACAAAAUAUAAGGGGCACUUCCACUUUAUUCAAAGCUCCAUUGAGCCACAAGUCAUGAAUAGGGAUGGGGAAACUUAUUCUUUUGUAUUGGAAGAAGAUGUGGUUGGUAGAGAGGAUGAUAAGAAAGAAAUUAUAGAACUUCUUUUGGAUGCCAACACUGUAGAGAAUGUGUCAAUUAUUCCAAUAGUUGGGAUCGAAGGUUUAGGGAAAACUACACUAGCUCAACUCAUAUACAAUGAUGAAAAUGUCAAAAAUAAUUUUGAGCUGAAGUUAUGGAUUUGUAUAUCUCAUGACUUUGAUGUAGAACAUAUUGUGAAACAAAUCUUAGAAUCUUUGGGAAAUAGAAGGGAUGAAGAAAGGUUUGAGAAUUUAAAAUAUGACCUUCGAGAAACAAUUAAUGGAAAAAAAUACUUCAUUGUCUUGGAUGAUUUGUCGAAUAAGGAUACUGAUUGA